AUGAGGUCUUCUCUUCUUGUUAUCGUGCUGCCACUUGUUGGCGCUACUCCUCGAGGACCUCCUGGCGAGUGUGAUACAAAGACUGCUGUUUCAAAAAGAGGUUGGUUAGGCCAUGAUGUAUUGGACGGAAACUCGAUCCAGCCAGCUCACUAUUCAACAUGGCAUUGGUCCAACUUUGGUCUGUGCAAGGGGGAUUGGUCCAACUUUGGUUUGUGCAAGUGGGAUUGGUUCAACUGGUGGAAUUGGUUAGGUUCCGGUGAUGAGUCUUGUGAGACCGACGACGAUACACCACGACCCCAGAAACCGACUCCCACCAAGCCUGAAACGCCAGAGGAGCCUCCUACACAACCGUCCCCAAGCACUACCCAGGCCCCUCCUCCUGGCGGCGGCAACGGACCUGAGUAUAUCAAUCGUGUCAACAAGUGGAUGGAUGCUUGUGGGCUACGCCACCUGGCGCACGACUCCACGUUGGAGAGCAAUGCUCACCAGACAAGUGUGGAAGCUAAUGGAAACAUGGUUCAUAACAUGUUGCCUGGUACCAUGGCACAGGUCAUGGCACACGGCGAUCUAACGGCAAAUUUCGACCGGGCGUUUGUAGGUGGCUGGCUCUGCGAGAUUAAAACACUUUUCAAAGACAAGAAUUUCUGCGACGAGAGCUCCCUAGCCGAAGGAUGGACGUAUAGUGGCACGCGCCAUGCCGAGAUCUUGUCCAACUCACGGUACACAAAGAUUGGAUGCGGAACUGCCCAGAGCAUUGUGACCUGUGACGUUGCCUAG